GUUAGAAGAAAAGAAAAGGGGUUUUCAAAGUCGGAAUUUACCCCAUCACAGGCGCAAAUUGACAAGGUCGCAGCUGCCGGAGUAGAGUUACAGACUACAGAGCACCCAUUACCAACAGUGCAAACUGAGGUGAAAAAAGUGAAUUCCGAAACAAAAGCGUAUAAACAAAGCCAAAUUACUAUUCUACAAUCAGCCCAAAUUUAUGCAUACUGAUUCAGAUAUUCUUGAACUCGAGGACGCUGCGCAAACUUGCACUGACGUUCCAAUGGUGGAAUCUACUGCCAACAGCCGCACCAGAGACCUCGAUAGGCUUCUACUGCGCUCCGGCCACCUAGUUGGACCUAACUUUGAACCCAGCGUCGAGUUGAGGGAUUAUCUUCAGGAAUAUGCUAGAGUUUUGGUGGUUGGGGCUGGUGGGUUAGGAUGUGAAUUGUUGAAGGAUUUGGCUUUGUCUGGGUUUAAGAACCUUGAUGUUAUUGAUAUGGACCGUAUUGAAGUUACCAAUCUCAAUCGUCAAUUCUUAUUCAGGCUUGAAGAUGUGGGGAAGCCAAAAGCAGAGGUGGCUGCAAAACGUGUCAUGGAAAGAGUUAGCGGUGUCAACAUUGUUCCGCAUUUUUGUCGGAUUGAGGACAAGGAUAUUGAUUUCUAUAAUGAUUUCAUCAUAAUUGUUCUUGGUCUAGACUCUGUUGAAGCACGGAGCUACAUAAAUUCAGUGGCUUGCAGUUUUCUAGAGUAUGAUGAAAAGGACAACCCAAAGGAGGAAACUGUUAAGCCUAUGGUGGAUGGCGGAACUGAAGGUUUUAAGGGUCAUGCUAGAGUUAUUGUACCAGGAAUGACACCUUGUUUUGAAUGUACCAUCUGGCUUUUCCCUCCUCAAGUCAAGUUUCCAUUAUGUACUCUUGCAGAGACGCCUAGAACUGCUGCACAUUGUAUAGAAUAUGCCCAUCUAAUUAAAUGGGAUGAGGUUCAUAGUGGCAAAGCUUUUGAUCCUGAUGACCCGGAAGAUAUGCAAUGGGUCUAUAAAGAGGCUCUCAAGCGUGCUGAGCUUUUUGGCAUUCCUGGAGUCACAUAUUCUCUAACUCAGGGAGUAGUAAAAAAUAUAAUACCAGCUAUCGCUUCAACUAAUGCUAUUAUAUCAGCUGCUUGCUCACUGGAAACUCUGAAGAUUGUAUCUGGAUGCAGUAAAACCUUAUCCAAUUAUUUGACGUACAACGGUGUUGAAGGUCUACACACGGAAGUAACAGACUUCGUCAAGGACAACGAUUGUAUUGUGUGUGGCCCUGGAGUUCUUAUUGAGAUGGAUACUUCUUGCACUCUGCAGAAGUUCAUUGAACAACUAGAGGAGCAUCCAAAUCUGCAUCUGUCAAAAGUGAGUGUGACACACCAAGGAAAAAACUUGUACAUGCAGGCACCUCCUGUGCUGGAAGAGAUGACUCGAUCCAAUUUAUCACUAGCGCUAUUUGACUUGAUGGGAAGAAUAUCCGGUGGUACUGUUCAUGUGAAUGGUACAUCUAUCAAGAACAACAAGAAAACGUCUGGUUUAAGAAAAUUACGCGUUGUCUUCAAGGGAGUUGAUGGGAUGGCAGAUAUGGAUACUGCUGGUGGUGCAUAGUUGCACUGAUUGCAUUUGUAUGAUACUCCGUAGUAUGCAAACCAUAUAAUCUUGGUGUCACCUCUUACUCCCAUGAAUUCAUUUUUUGUCUAUUGGUAGUUGUAAUCAGGAUCUUGUUAGGAGCCCUGUCCAUCAUUUUUGGCUGGGUAUAGCUUAUCCGCUAUUUAUUUUUAGUUCGAGAAGGGGUAGGUUUCGUAGCUGAUUACCCUUGAAUGUCUUUCAAGGAAAGAACCUGAAGCAGGCUUGUUCUUCCGUAAUGUAACUGACAACAGGUUGAGCUGCUUCUUAUGUAAUCAACGAAACUCGUCUACACUAUUUGUUUAUUUUGUAGGAAUUACAUCAUUGUGGUACUAGUUUGAGGCUUUGAGCUGCGUCUAAUAAUUUUAGCAGUGGUGUUUUCUGCUGCAUGCA